AUGGACGCCAAAUCUAAUUAUUACGAUUAUUUCGAACCCUUUUGCAAAUGGCAAAGUGGGGAAACCAGCAACACUCUGAGAGUCCAUCUCCAAGGCUUCCAACGGGACCAAAUAAACGUGAAGGUCAAGUUUGGCAAAAUAUUGAUCGAAGGAGAACGUGAAUAUGUUUUGGAAGGAACCUCAGCAACAAGAUGGAAGCGCUUCAGCAAAGAAAUACCAUUUGAAGGAAGAGAGUACAAGCUGUGCAAUAUCAAAACAAAAUUUGAAGCAGGUGUUCUUUCUAUAAUUCUGCCUAAGAAAGUUCAUAAAGCAGAUCAACUUGGCCUGAGUAAAUUAGUCUCAACGUUGAAUGUUACGAGGACUACUGUGGAAGUCAUGCUAGCAGUUUCCAUGGGGUUGGCUGUUGGGGCAUAUGGAACAUACAAAUUAAUAUUCCCAAAUUAA